AUGGUCUCUAAGCUUUCAUCCUCAUAUCCCAUUCUGGGCCUUCAAACGACUUUGAUCUACCCAUAUCUUCUUCCUUUAAUUUUGCUAUCUCUCUAUGCAAAGCUGGUAAAAGGGCUUUCCGAGGAAAUGGGUGUAGAGGAGCUCGGCUCACCCCUCAAGACCGUUGCUUAUCUGUCAGCUUCUUGUCUCGGAGUCUAUUCUAACUACCUCUAUGUGGGACAGACAAUAGGAGGAGCACUUUCCGAGCGCUUGGCCAGGGGUUAUUCAUCUAUCAAGAGAGGGUUCCCGGUCAAAGGUACAACCGCUACCGCCAGUAGGAUUUCCUUGCUUUACAAACGAGCUAACCUAGGAAUUGCUCUGUGGGCUACGCGAAGGGACGAGUUAAGGAACAAGACGGCAGCUACAGAAUUCAAUAUAAGUAUGAUGGCUCCUGCCAGUGGAAGCAGGGACGGUUCUUCGAACCGCCCGGUGCAUGUAGAUCUCAACCUCCCCCCUGGAGCCUGGGACGAGCUCUCUGACCUUGCCGCGGAGCUCGAGCAAGUGGAGAGUCAAGUGGAGAGGGAGAUUCGCCACUUGGCUGAAUCCCCCACCGAAGGUAAGGAGGCCAGACAAGAAAGGUUCCAGCGCCUCAAGACAAUUCUUGACGAGAUCGACAGCCGGUUGGAUCAAGCCCGAGAAAUAGAUCUGGUUCGUAGCCAAGAACAUGCGCGACAACAGGCAAAACUUAACUCCCUAAUGGAUCGAACCCCUUUCUCAAACGGAGGCCCGACUUGUAACUCGGAGGCAGACCCUUGUAGACCCCUAAUUUUGCCCGGCCUCUCAAAAUAA